UAAUGGGGUUUUAAUUUCAUGUUUAAAGUACGUGUCCGUCAGUGGCGCAAUGUUAGCCUUCGAAGCGAACGAGCUUUGUGUGUUGCAAGAGAAGUCACUUAAUAUAGUGGAUCAAACCGUGAACUACCAUAUAUCUCGGGGAGGAAGAGAAGAGAAGAAGCUCAGAUGAAUCCAACGGGGCCAUUCCGGGAUCACGUGACGCCAACUCAUUGCACAUGUAAAACAGGGCCCCAGAUCCAGCGGUCAUUUUCAGUUUACAUGUACACUGGAGCAGCAGCAUAUCAGCGUUUUCUUCAAUGAGCCUGUUGUUUUCGAGUGAGCCCAAUUUUUUCAGUUUUGCUGGUCUUGCCUGGAUGUGCCAGUAAGGCCCAGCUCGCGGCUGCGCACGUGACUUCAGCAUCACUCGUCGUCUCUUCUUUUACUAGCCACCAUGAUUAUUGCCAGCAUCCGGCGGAUCUUCACAUCGUUUCGGACAGAGGAGGAGGAGAAGGCGUACUCGCGCCAUGCGUUUUUCAAUUUCUUGGGGUUUUUGGGUAGCUGCGUGAUCUUUUCUUUUGUUGCGCAGAAACUCUCGAAGCAACCCCAGCAGCUCGUUUAGGGAUGGGCUAGGGUUUGCCGAGGGUGGCGUUUUGAGUAGUGCUUGGGGUCUCUGGAGCUCGCUUGAGGAUUGUUUUGUUUUUUGGGUUCGUUCGAGAAUUUUUGAGAGCGAUAGUUAGGAAUCGCUGGAGGAUGAUUAAGGGUUGCUGGAGGAUGAUUCAAGGCUCGUUAAAGGAUCUUGUGUCAAUUUACGCUUAGUUAGAUCAGUCGGAGGAUCUUUGAGGAUCGUGUGAUAUGAACGGA